AACUUCUGAUGUUUGAUCUUUAAACAGCUUUUCUGUACUCAGUUUGGCAUGUCUUGCUCCUGCGUAGGUCAUAACAUCCAUGAAACUAAUAAUUCACAAAUCAUUUUGACCAUUUGGUGAUCACAGUUCUAUUCAUCACCAUCCUCCCAUUUCUUCCUUCUCUUGUGUUCAAAAACCCACCUAGGGUCACCACCUCCACAUCUCAGCACCGGGAAGCCUCAGGGGUGUUCUUAAAUCUCUUCCUCCUUCCUUCUUCCUCCUUCUUCCUUUCCUCAUCUUCUUCCUCUUGCUUUCCUCAUCUUCUUCUUCUUCUUCUCCUCCUUCCUUCUUCUUUCUUCUUCUUUACAUCUAAGCGAGCAUUUCUCCCUCCUACGUGAUUCCUGAAGCUGCACUGUCCUAACCACCCCAGCGCAGCAACCAAGGCUGCAGCCUGAUGUCUGCUCAUCUGGACUCAACCACAGCCGCCCACCUAAAGCCUCUUCCCCUUCUCGCAUGUUCUGUCUGAACCUUUCCUCCACACAGCCGCUGGAGAAUUCUACCUAAGAUGAUAAUCUGAGGUGGCACUCCCAGGCCUAACCUUUAUUGCUCCUGUUACCCACAGGCUGAGGAAUGUGUUACUUUGCUACUACCGCAUUCAAAGGCUGGGUCGAUUGAUCCCUAGCAAGAUACACUUGAAGACAACCUCUAAAAGGAGUGAUGCGUCUCUUCGCCUGUCUGUGCAUCCUGCUGAGCUGUUUGGGAGGAGGGGGCUGUUCGUGUCCUUCGCAAUGCACCUGCGACUACCACGGCAGGAACGACGGCUUGGGAUCCAGGUCGGUACUCUGUAACGACAUGGACAUCAACGAGAUGCCUACUAACUUCCCGGUAGACACCACGAAGCUUCGCAUCGAGAAGACUGCGGUCCGCAGAAUCCCGGCAGAGGCCUUCUACUACCUGCUGGAGCUCCAGCACCUCUGGGUGAGUUAUAACUCCGUGGUCACCGUUGACCCCAGCAGCUUUUACAACCUGAAGCAGCUGCAUGAGUUGCGCUUGGACGGGAAUUCUCUGCUCGCCUUUCCCUGGGCGUCUCUGCUGGACACGCCCCGUCUGAGGACCCUGGAUUUGCGCAAUAACAGAAUAACCACUGUGCCCAGUGAGGCGGUCAGGUACCUGAAGAGCCUCACCUACUUGGAUUUAUCAAGCAACAGAUUGACCACGUUGCCACCAGAUUUCCUGGAGAGCUGGUCUCACUUAGUUACGGCACCUGGAGGCCUGGACCUUUCACCAAGAAUUAUUCUCGGUCUGCAAGACAACCCUUGGUUCUGUGACUGUCACAUUUCCAAGAUGAUCGAGUUGUCAAAGGUUGCUGACCCUGCUGUAGUGCUUCUCGAUCCACUGAUGGUUUGCAGCGAGCCCGAGCGCCUCGCGGGGGUUUCGUUUCAGCGGGCUGAGCUGGAGCACUGUCUGAAGCCAUCAGUGAUGGCCUCGGCCACCAAGAUCAUGUCUGCUCUGGGCAGUAAUGUCCUGCUGCGGUGUGAUGCCACUGGCUACCCCACCCCGCAGCUCACGUGGACCAGAUCCGAUGGCUCACCAGCUAAUCACACAGUGAUACAGGAAUCUCCAGGGGAAGGAGUGAGGUGGUCCAUAAUAAGCUUGACGGGCAUUUCUUACAAAGAUGCGGGGGAUUACAAAUGCAAGGCCAAAAAUUUGGCUGGAAUGUCAGAAGCUGUGGUUACUGUGACAGUGGUGGGCGUUGUCACAACCAGCAUAUCAGCAAACACUUCCGAAAGGAGACCUGGAGAUCGUCCUGAGCAGGAGGUCCAGCCAGGAUCUGGAAGAUUGACAUCUACACCUCGUUCAUUGUCAUCUCCCUGGUCCUCCUCCUCCUCUCCUUCCUCCCCCACGUCUUCCACUUCUCUGUCUAAUUCUACUUUGUCUCCUUCCGCCACUGCUUCCUUCUCUUUAUCUCCUUUCUUCUCCUCCAUUGUUUCUUCAACCACGCCUCGAAGCACUAGCAUUUCAGCAGGCACCACCGCAGCCAGAAGGCAGUCACUCCAGCUCCAUCCAGAUGGGAAAAGGAACUUAAAGGUGGAGAUGGGUGGCAGUAAGUUUCCCCUCGCCAGCGCAAGUAAGAAAGAAGAGCUGGCCUUGUUGGAUCAAGCAACACCUAUGGAGACGAAUGCCACGAUAGAAAACCUCAGGGUGGUCAGUGAGACUAAAGAGAGUGUGACACUGAUGUGGAACAUCAUUAAUACCACACAUGGCUCCGCAGUGACCGUGCUGUAUUCCAAGCAUGGUGACAAAGACCUGCUGCUGUUGAAUGCAGACUCCAGCAAGAACCAAGUGACCAUAGAUGGCUUGGAGCCCGGCGGGCAAUACGUGGCAUGUGUCUGUCCAAAAGGAGUGCCUCCCCAGCAAGAGCAAUGUAUCACCUUUUCUACCAGGAGACUUGAAGACGAUGAUUCUCAAUGGUCUUUGCUUCUUGUGGUGACCAGUGUUGCCUGUGUUGUUGUCUUGCCAGUGAUUUUUUUCUUAUUGUACAAAGUUUGCAAACUGCAAUGUAAAUCAGACUCUUUCUGGGAAGAUGAUUUGGCAAAAGAGACUUAUAUACAAUUUGAGACCCUGUCUCCCAGAUCCCAAAGUAUAGGGGAGCUCUGGACACGAAGGCACAGGGACGAUUCAGAAAAAUUGCUGCUCUGUUCUAAGGCAAGUGCGGAAUCUCACGUGACUUUUAAAAGUGAGAGUUCCAGACCAGAGUAUUUUUGCUAAGGUUCUGCAGCUCAGACACGUGUGAGCUACAAAAUCAGGAUCUAAAGGCAUAAUUGAUGCUCUGUUUGGAUGAUUUUUGGACAGACUUUCACAUCUUAUGUGAAAAUCACAACUGGAAUGCUUUUAAGCAUGUUUUUUUUAAAAAAAUACCAUGAGAUUUCUGAACUGAAAAACAAAUAUUUUUGAUUUUUGUUGUGUGGAAAAUGUCCCCCAAAAUCAUUUUUAGGGUGGUGCUUAAUAAGUUGAUUAUAAUUUUUAGGGAAAUAUUUUAGUUCUUAAAAAUAAGUUCAUGUGAGAAUAGCAAGUGAACUCUGCAUUUUGAAAAGAUAGUUUUUUGAGCAGUGAAGAAAAGAUUCGAAUCACCAGCUAAGCCUUGAUGUUCAUUCAUGUUCAAAGUGCUUUAUGGCAUUUGCUGUGGAUGUUCGCUGGCAUUGCCUAGCCGGUGAGGGUGGGAUUGUAAAGAAUUUUGCAUUUACUAAGGUUAAAUCCAACCUGGUAGACGGGGAGGGCUCCGUCUCUUGGGGCCAUUAUGCAUUACAACACUGUAGAGUUGUGUUCAUAUUGCAGGUAAGAAAAUCUUCCCUGUGUCCUUAGAAAUAUAGGUGUUAGCAAAAAUAAGUAUAAAAAAGGAUUAUGACAAAUAGACCAUUUCCAAGAGACUGUAACUGCUGCAUUUUAACACAUCUGCUGACAGAUUGUAUCGGUUUUUUAAAAAUAAUGUGUUAAUUUUUAGUACUUUGAUAUGUGCUCUUUCUUCCUUCCUUCUUCCUUCCCUCCUCGUCUUUCUCCCCCUCACCUUCCUUCAUUUUAUUUUUUCCUCCUCUGUAUCAGAAGAUGUACAGGUAGCCAAAGGACCACACACUACGCUGUUUGUCUUUUGCCACGUUACAUUGUGAUUCUGUGGAUAAAGAGAAGGCCUUUGAAAGUGCUGACUGCCCUUUGAAGUCUUUUUUAGGUCCCCAAAGGAUAUUUGAGGAUUUUGAAAGAGAAGCUUCAAUGGAUUCAUUUGGCCAAACUCUUUUUCUAGGUUAAACACAUCAGAGAACUUGCACUGGAGUGAGUCACAUGAAUACAUAGGAAAGAAGCUUCAUAAAUAGAGUUCGGGUUUCUUAGAAAGACUGUCUGCGCAGCUGCAGCCCACUGCUGCGUCUCAGGGCUGGCGUUCCGUGUCGCUGAGCGGCGCGAUGCUAAGCGGCCUGGGACUCUGACCCUGGCCCAGGGUGUCCAGGGGACAAGGCGACCUCCGCGCAGAUGCAGCUUUCGUGAGCCUUGGAACAAAGCCCAGCUUUGCAAGAAUGACUUAAACUCCCUUUAUGAAGGAAACGCCUGGGAACUCACCUGGGC